UUGCCUAUCGACUUUUCCAUUUCUUCCUGGCUAAGAAUCUACUGCUAUAUUGUGGCCAUAGCUUCAUUUCCUUUAAACUUUGGGACUAUUAUGCUUAUAAUUUAUAAGAAUGAUAAAAUCGAUAAUUUUAAGUAUUUCAUGCUUUGGUUUCAGAUAACCAACUCAAUUACCGACUUAUAUAUGGCAAUUUUCGUCCAACCAAUGUCUCUUAUUUGA